AUGGGCGAAGCAGCAGUACCGCCUGAGCUAGACACCGAUCCAGCAGCAAAGAUGGCUCAGACAAACCCUCUGCCUGUUCCCAUGGGCCCGUGGAAGAGCGUUCGGAGCAGAGGCCGGGAGAACCGCCAGCCACAGCCCUGCCACCCGCCCGUCCCAGAACGGCUCCGCUCCUCUCUCCGGACGGCACCGCUGCCCCGGGAACUGAUCUCCGCAGGGAUCACCGUGUACGACCAAGAAAACUUCCAGGGCAAGAGGAUGGAGUUCACUUCGGCCUGUCCGAACAUCAUGGAGUGUGGCUUCGACAAUAUCCGCUCCCUGAAGGUGGAAUGUGGCGCCUGGGUGGGUUACGAGCACACUGGCUUCUGCGGGCAGCAGUUCAUCCUGGAGAGGGGAGAGUACCCGCGCUGGGACGCCUGGAGCGGCAGCAACGCCUACCACAUCGAGCGCCUGAUGUCCUUCCGCCCCGUCUGCUCUGCUAAUCACAAGGAAUCCAAGAUCACCGUUUUCGAGAAAGACAAUUUCAUCGGCCGCCAGUGGGAGAUUGCUGAUGACUACCCCUCGCUGCAGGCCAUGGGCUGGGCCAACAACGAAGUGGGCUCCAUGAAGAUCCAGUGUGGCGCCUGGGUGUGCUACCAGUAUCCCGGGUACCGUGGCUACCAGUACGUCCUGGAGUUCGACCACCACGGUGGAGACUACAAGCACUGGAGAGAGUGGGGUUCACACGCCCAGACCUCCCAGAUCCAAUCCAUCAGGCGUGUCCAGCAGUAG